AUGUUCAGCCGCCAGAAGGGUGCCAACCUUCUGAGUGCCAACCCCGGGGCAAACCAGCCAGAAGAGUGCCAACCUUCUGAGUGCCAACCCCGGGGCAAACCAGCCAGAAGAGUGCCAACCCCGGGGCAAACCAGCCAGAAGAGUGCCAACCUUCUGAGUGCCAACCCCGGGGCAAACCAGCCAGAAGAGUGCAAACCUUCUGACCAGAAGAGUGCCAACCUUCUGAGUGCCAACCCCGGGGCAAACCAGCCAGAAGAGUGCCAACCCCGGGGCAAACCAGCCAGAAGAGUGCCAACCCCGGGGCAAACCAGCCAGAAGAGUGCCAACCCCGGGGCAAACCAGCCAGAAGAGUGCCAACCCCGGGGCAAACCAGCCAGAAGAGUGCCAACCCCGGGGCAAACCAGCCAGAAGAGUGCCAACCCCGGGGCAAACCAGCCAGAAGAGUGCCAACCCCGGGGCAAACCAGCCAGAAGAGUGCCAACCCCGGGGCAAACCAGCCAGAAGAGUGCCAACCCCGGGGCAAACCAGCCAGAAGAGUGCCAACCUUCUGGGCAAACCAGCCAGAAGAGUGCCAACCCCGGGCAAACCAGCCAGAAGAGUGCCAACCCCGGGGCAAACCAGCCAGAAGAGUGCCAACCCCGGGCAAACCAGCCAGAAGAGUGCCAACCCGGGGCAAACCAGCCAGAAGAGUGCCAACCCCGGGGCAAACCAGCCAGAAGAGUGCCAACCCCGGGGCAAACCAGCCAGAAGAGUGCCAACCCCGGGGCAAACCAGCCAGAAGAGUGCCAACCCCGGGGCAAACCAGCCAGAAGAGUGCCAACCUGA